CUAAUAGUAAUCUGAGCUAACAAGAAAGGCUAGAAAGAAAGGAAUGAGAACACACAAGACAAGCUCAUGCUAGGUCUGAAGCUCAGGAGUAGUUAACUAGCAUGUUUAUGUGCUGCAGAGUGGCUUGCACAUGGUUAACUUGAGCAGGGAAAUUGGAGAUAGCUUGGAUAUCUGCUCUGAAUUUCAACUAAGAACAGGAGGCAUUUUUGUGGAUGAAUUGCUACUAUAUACUGGAUGGCAGUGAAAGCCUCAAAUCUGCAGUGAGCUCUCCAGGCUUGUCACACUUCUAAUUUUAUGCAUUAUUAUGAGUCUGUCUGGGCUUGCAGAGAAGUGAAUUUUCGCACGAAAAUGCUUUUCCUUGUUAGAGGGCUUACUUUUUUCCCGAUCAGAUCUCUUGGAGUUUGUUAAGCGAGUGCUCUGUUCUUCCUGCUGUUACUGAUGGCAGCUUUUUGCAGGAAGAAAAAAAUUGUGUUGAACAACAUGAUUGUCACUUUUACCCUGCUGUUUUUACUCAUCACUUCAUCUACAAGGGGACAGUCUGAUUUUUUGUCAAUUGAUUCAUGCCAAAACUUGUGUAUUUGUGAGGAAAAGGACACUACAUUGUUUGUCAACUGUGAAGGAAAACAUGAGCUUUCACUCUCUAAAAUAAACUUACCACCAUCUCACUACUUAGAUCUUAAUCUUAUGAAUAUCGGUUUAUAUAAAUUAAAAGUGAAUGCAUUUUCAGGCUUUCAUAACAUCAUAUCUCUUCACCUUGGAUUUAACAAUAUUGUUGAUAUCGAACAAGGAGCAUUCCAUGAUCUCCGUGUCCUUAAAAAAUUACACAUCAAUCACAACUCUUUAGAAAUACUUAAAGAAGAUACUUUCGUAGGAUUAGAAAAUCUGGAAUUUCUUCAAGCAGACAAUAACUUUAUUACUACAAUUGAGCCCAAUACAUUUAGCAAGUUAAACAGGUUGAAAGUUCUCAUACUCAAUGAUAAUGCCAUUGAUUUCUUACCUGUAAAUAUUUUUCGUUUUGUACCCCUGACACACUUAGACUUAAGAGGAAACCAGUUACAAACUCUUCCUUAUGUUGGCUUUUUAGAACACAUUGGACGAAUAAUAGAAUUCCAGUUAGAGGACAAUAGAUGGGUAUGUAACUGUGACUUGCUACAACUGAAGUCCUGGCUGGAAAACCUGCCUCAGCAAUCGACUGUUGGUGAUGUUGUUUGUCACAAUCCCCCAAAUUUAAAAGGUACUUUACUGAGAAAACUAAAAAAAGAAAUGAUCUGUUCUUCAAAUCCUACUAAUGAGCUCAUAGAUUCUUCGGGACCAUUAUCGCUGGUUGGCACAGCCUCAUUAGAUGGUCGUAUGCCAACAAAGAGUACAUCUGUUCAAAAAGCUACAACAAAGGACACAAUGUUUGUUUUUCCAAAAUCAACCACUCUGCUUCCCGGACUAUACUGCCCAUUUCCAUGUCACUGUUCGAGCCACACAUCUUCAGGAACUUUGAUUCAUUGUCAGGAGCGUAAUAUCGAAAGUGUGUCUGACCUUGGCCCACCACCACAAAAUCCAAGGAAAUUGUUUUUGGCAGGAAACAUUAUUCAUGUACUGCAUAAAUGGGAUUUUAUAGAGUAUGGAAGCCUAGAAAUGCUUCAUUUAGCAAGUAACCACAUUGAAAUUAUUGAAGAAGCAUCCUUUCUAAAUUUGACUAAAGUACAAAAACUCUAUCUGAAUGGAAACCAUUUAAGAAGCUUAAAUGCACAUUUAUUUGUGGGUCUGGUGAAUAUUGAGUAUUUGUAUCUGGAAUACAAUUCCAUCAAAGACAUUUCCCCUGGAACAUUUUCAUUCAUGCCAAAGCUUAAAGUUCUAUACUUAAAUAACAAUCUUUUGCAUACCCUACCAAACCAUAUUUUUGCGGGAGUACCUUUAACAACAUUAAAUCUAAAAACAAAUCAGUUUGUACAUUUUCCGAGCAAAGUUUUGGAUGACUUAAACUGGCUUCUUCAGAUUGAACUUCAAGAUAAUCCAUGGAACUGCACCUGCAAUUUAAUCGAACUGAAAAAUUGGACACAGGUACAUAAAUAUGUAUUGAUCAGUGAAAUUAUGUGCAACUCCCCCAAGGAGCUGUAUAAAAUGGAAUUGAAGUCAUUGUAUAAUGAAGUGCUAUGUCCAGAAUUUAUAACCAGUCAAGGAUUCCCUACACAGUCAAGUUCUAUGAACCACACAAUACCAUAUACAGUACCCAGCCAAGUUGAUAAUAUAUUAAGAUCCCUUUCAGACUACAUACCGCUUUCUGUUUUAAUCCUGGGUCUUCUUAUAUUUUUAAUUACCACUGUCCUCUGUUCGGCUGGAAUAAUUGUCUUAGUUUUGCAUAGACGACGUCGAUGCAAAAAGAAACAAGAAAUUGGGCAAAUGCGAGAAACCAGCCCUGUUCAUAUUCAGUAUAGCAUGUAUGGGCAUAAAACCACACAUCAAACAACAGAACAACCUAGAUCAACUAUGUACGAGGAGAGGGUAACAAAUCCUAUUAUCCAGGUUUAUCAGACCCCACCAUUCAGCCCUAAACAUUCAGAACAAGAGGAAGAUAGUGACAAAGAAGUCAACAACUCAAAGAGACUAUACAGAGAAAUUUUACACCAUGAAAAUAAUUCACCAUUAACAGGUUCCAACUUGAAAUUUGGCAAUGAUCAAUCAACAGAAUUUCUGUCUUUCCAAGAUGCCAGUUAUUUGUACAGAAACCUCAUUGAAAAAGAAAAAGAAAUUCAGCAGCUUGGAAUUGCUGAGUAUUUAAGAAAAAAUAUUGCUAAUUCGCAAGCUGAUGUUAAUGCAUAUCGUCCAGGAACUCUUGAAGAGAUAAAGUUAAUGGAGGCACUUACGUACUCUAGAUCACGGAAGGUCCUGGUAGAACAGACCAAAAAUGAAUAUUUUGAACUCAAAGCCAAUCUUCAUUCUGAACCAGACUAUUUGGAAGUAUUAGAGCAACAGACUUGAGCCACUAAUUAUUUUAAAGAAGACAUUGCCAUACUUUCCAAAUCAUACCUUCGUUACUUCAUUGUUAUUUAAAGUGCCUCACUGUAUUGUCCUAAACGUAGACAAAGCACAUUUGUAGACUUAGCACAUCUCAGGGGAAUCCUUAAAUUAUACAAAGCUGUAUAUACACUUUGUUGACCAGAUAAUGAUUAUAUAUAUAUAUAUGUAUAUAUAUAUAUAUAUAUAUAUAUAUAUAUAUAUAUAUACUAAAAAAAAAUCUUGGAAAAGGUAUCAAAAUAAUAAAUAGCUUAAAUUAUCACUAUGUGAAAAUAUAUUAUUUAUAUUGAAACAAAAA